GGCGUCCGAGUUGAACGCCACCCCAGGAACACAUAUAUGCGACACACACAAAAAAAAGUCACAACUUAAAGAAAUAAUAAUUGUCAGUAGGACUACGUAAUAAGUAAUUUAAAGGACUACAAUUUGUAGCAUACUGGAGUCCAAACAAUUUAUAUUCUAAGAUGUAGGCCUACUUUAAACUCAAACACUAUAUAGACCUUUCCUGUUCAAACAGUGAAGGACGUCCAAUAACCAAAGUCCGAGUUUCUUCAUGCGCACAGGACACAGGUCGACAUGUCGGUCCCCGUAGGAGUAGAGCUGUCUCCGUCGCCCCGAGGCCUUGAGGAAGAGUAUGGAACCCUCUUCACACCAGCCUCCUUGCUCUUCCUCCAUCAGCUGGUGUCUGAGUUUGACAAUGAGGUGGAUCAGGUGCUGCAGCUCAGGGUCUCCAGGAAGGCCCACCUGGACGCGUCCGGCGACCUGCCCGCCUUCUCCCGGGCCACGCGCCACAUCCGGGACGACCCGUCCUGGAGGGUGCUGCCGGUGCCGCCGCGGCUGCGGAGGAGGCACGUGGACGUGGGGGACAUGGCCCCAUGUGACACGGAGCGCCUCCUCCGCGCCCUGCGGUCCCCGGCGCAGGGCCUGCAGAUUGACUUCGAUGAUGGAAACUGCCCCACGUUCUACAACCAAAUCAAAGGCAUUAGUAAUGUAUGCAAAGUGGUACACAACCAGUUCCCCGACAUCCCAGCCCUGCCCCAGGCUCCCGUGCUCAUGCUGCGCCCCCGGGCGUGGAAUAUGGUGGAGCACAACAUGCUGGUGAACGGCAGAGAGGUUCCUGGUCCUCUGUUUGACUUUGGACUCCUGAUGUUUCACUGUGGAAAGGCUCUUUACGACAGCGAGAGUGGACCCUUCUUCUACCUGUCCAAAGUAGAGAGUUUCAUGGAAGCAAGAUUAUGGAAUAACAUAUUCCUUUGGGCACAACAUCAGCUACAGCUACCCCGGGGAAGUAUCAAGGCCACCGUGCUCAUCGAGAACGUCCUGGCCACGUUCGAAAUGGAGGAGAUCCUCUACGAGCUGCGGGAGCACUCUGCCGGUCUCAACUGCGGCAUCUGGGACUACUCUGCCUCCUUCGUCAAUAAGUUCGGCCACAGGGGGGACUUCCUCCUCCCCGACCGCAGUAAGUACGUCAACAUGGAGAAGCGCUUCCUCCGCAGCUACAUGGACCUGCUGGUGCAGACCUGCCACCGCCGCGGGGCGCUGGCCACCGGGGGCAUGGCCGCCCCCCUGCUGCCCCCGGCCCGGGACGGCCCCGCCCACCGCACCGUGCUGGCUAACGUCACAAGGCUGAAGCUGCUGGAGAUCCAGGCGGGCGUGGACGGCUUCAUGGUGUACGACCUGAAGCUGAUCGAGCCCAUGCAGAAGCUGUUCCAGCAGCACACCGGAGGGGAGAACCAGCUCCACCGGGUCCGAGAGGACGUCACGGUGACGCCCGAGGACCUGCUGUGCAUGCCUGCGGGGGGAGUAACCCUUCAUGGCUUACAGUAUAACAUUGGCGUGGGCAUCCUAUUUAUUCAUGCUUGGCUGUCAGGGAAAGGCCAUUUCUUCUACAGAGGCCAGGUCGAAGACUCUGCCACAGCAGAGAUCUCCAGAUCACAGGUGUGGCAGUGGAUCCUCCACCAGGCCCGGCUGGAGGACAGCCAGAGGGUGGUGUCCCGGAGCCUGGUGGUGCAGCUCACCCAGGAGGUCAUGAAGGAGCUGACGGAGGUCACCGCCUGUCAAACCGUUAGGGCUGCGGAGAGGUUGCAGACCGCCGCAGAGAUGUUCCUAGAGGUGGUGCUGAAGAGGGACUUCCCAGAGUUCCUCACCAGCUACCUGAACCUCGACCACACCUUCCUGAGCUCCCAGCGCGAGGAGGGGGCCAGCGUCGCCCUCCUGUCUAAACUCUGAAGGAGGAGAUGCCGUCUCAGACCAAAGGGUGACCUAUUUGCAAGCUGCAGCGUUACUCCCUGACUUACCAGGAAGCCUUUUGUACCUGAAAUAAAAUAUUAAAACAUAAA